AUUAGAAGAUAAUAAAACAGCUGAUGAAUAUGCAGUUCGUUGCAGAAGAGAAACGAGAGUGUGAACAUUGCUCCAUUUUUUGAAAUUAGACAAAUCCAACAAAGAUCUGAGAAACAUGGCCACGGGACGUGCGUUGCAUUUUGUAUUCAAAAUACCCGAUCGAGCAUUAACAGUCAAAUUUUAUCGCGAGAUUCUUGGAAUGAAGGUGCUGAGACAUGAGGAAUUUGCAGACGGAUGUGAAGCUGCGUGCAAUGGUCCUUAUGCAAAUCGAUGGAGCAAAACGAUGAUAGGAUACGGUCCUGAGGACACACAUUUUGUGAUUGAAUUAACAUACAACUACGGAAUUAAGGAAUAUGAAAUGGGAAAUGAUUUCAAAGCUAUCACAAUUCGUUCGAAAGACGUGAUUGAAAGAGCACGUGCUAACAAGUGGCCUGUACAGGAAGAGAAUGGAAAAUUUGUGAUGCAGGCACCCGGUGGAUAUAAAUAUCAUAUUAUCAAUGAACAAAAAGAACCUGUUGGCAGUGAUCCUGUAGAAAAAGUUACUCUAUCCAGCUCCAAUCUUCAACGUACUAUUGCUUAUUGGAAGGAUAUCUUGGGAUUAAAGAUAUUUGAUCAGAAUGAUAAAAGCGUACUAAUGGGCUACAGUGAGGAUCAAGCUAAGCUCGAAUUUGAAGAUAUCGGCACUGAAGUUAAUCACGCAAAAGCAUAUGGACGUAUUGCUUUUUCCGUGCCACACGCGGAGCAACCUACAAUUCAAAAACUCAUCAAAGAAAGCGGAAAUAAAAUCCUAACUGAUCUUAUAACUUUAGACACACCGGGAAAGGCUUCUGUAAGAGUUAUCAUUCUUGCUGACCCAGACGGGCAUGAGAUUUGCUUCGUGGACGACGAGGGAUUUAGAGAACUGUCAGUCCCGGACUAUCCGAGUGAAGCAAUUUUGGACAGAUACAUUAAAAAAGAAGCGUCAGAUAACGCAUAAAAAAAUCGUUUUUUCCAUAUUUCAGUAUUAUUCUAAAAAAAAA